UCGCACAUUUUCCUAAAAAUAAAGGAGAAUAUUCUCAGAAAUAUUACAAUCUUAUCGGCAAUGCCACUGAAGUUUUACCGAUACUGGCUGCCGUUGCUCCUGUUCGCUUGUCAUUUGUUGGCUGAAAUUCCGCAGUGUUUUCAUUUUACGUGGGUUGGAGCCUACGAAAAUCAUUCAAACAUUCAGAAGGAAACCUGCGAUUCCAGAGUGGGCGACUUUAAUGACAUACCAUGCGAAGAACCUUUGGUUGUGACACCUGAUGAUACAGUGCCCGAUGUGAAGGCUCUUUGGCAGAACUCCACAGAGGACCGCGAGAACUUUCUGUGCCAAAUGUCGCCCGGUCGGUCAUGCGUGAAAUACUCGUACAUAUUCAAAGGCGGAAUACAGAACAUCACGUACAUGUGCGCCAAAGUGAACAGCAGCAAUGGGUGCUAUCGACAGACCCAUUCCACGGGAAUGGUUGUGGAGGCCUGUGUCUGCACCUCCCGCGUGGGUUUGAUACCCUGUAAUGGCUGCUCAAAUAUCCAACUCAAUGGUGUAAUGGGCUGGGCUCUUUGUUUGCUCGGCCUUUAUCGAUGGCUAAAUAAAUAUCGAAUAGUUUGAACUGCAAA